CCCUGGUUCCUGAGCGCCGAGUUUCCUGCCUGAACUCCGCCAGCAGGAGGAUCACCGCUGCUCUCCGCUCACAAACCAGCCCGAGCUGCUCGAGAAAAUGAUGUUCCGAAGUAUCCCCGUGGUCGUCUUGCUGGCCAUAGUUUGCUGUCAUGCUGAGGAGACCCAGAGCAAGUCGAAGGUGUGUGCUAAUGUGUUCUGCGGGGCAGGGAGAGAGUGUGCAGUGACAGAGAAAGGAGAGCCUAGCUGCUUGUGUAUUGAGCAAUGUAAGCCUCACAAGCGCUCUGUGUGUGGCAGUAAUGGGAAAACCUACCGAAACCACUGUGAGCUGCACCGAGACGCAUGCCUUACAGGACUGAAGAUCCAGGUGGCUCAUGAUGGUCACUGCAAAGAGAGGAGAACAGAGAAAGCGGCCGCCAGUCCAGUGGUUUGCUAUGUGGCUGAUCGUAAUGAACUGCGCAGACGUGUGAUUGAGUGGCUGCAGACUGAGGUGGUUCCAGACGGCUGGUUCACUAAGGGCUCCAACUUCACCGACAUCCUGCUCAAGUACUUCAAGAACUACGAUAAUGGCGACUCGCAGCUGGACUCCUCUGAGCUGCUCCGCUUCAUCCAGCACAACGAGACAGCUGUAGAGCUGCGCUCAUACGCAGAGGAGGAGAACAACCGCCUGCUCAGGAGCCUGUGUGUGGAUGCCCUGAUUGAACUUUCAGACCAGAAUGCUGAUUGGAAGCUGAGCUUCGAUGAGUUCCUCAACUGCCUACGUCCAGGAUUCAACCCGCCAGACAAGAAGUGCGCUUUGGAGGAUGAGACCUAUGAAGAUGGCGCAGAAACACAGGUGGAGUGUAACCGUUGCGUCUGCGCCUGCGGCAACUGGGUCUGCACUGCCAUGACCUGCGACGAGAAAAGUCCAGCACCUGAGGCAGCUGCUGGUGAUGAGAUGACUGAGGAGGAGUGGAGCCUCCGUGUGGCUGAACUCAACAAACAUCAGGAGACCAUGGAGAAAAUGAAGUCCAGCACAAAAGAGGUUUAAAGAGGAAGAAGGAGAGAGAUGAGGAAGAGAUUCCUCUCCUACUGAACACAAUCAGGACUCCUGAGAUUAUGUACUGUUGCUGGGAGAAUCACAUCAUUUUAUUGUUUUUAUCGCUAUGAAUAUAGUAUGUUUAUCUAUUAUUACCUUUCAGUGUAACAUCAUUAUAAUCUGUCUUUCAGUUUAUGUUUGUUAGGCCGCAGUUGUAGCCGAGUAUUACCUUUAGCCUGAUGUCUGUUUUUUGUAUGUUUUGCGUAUCACCAAGUGCUGUACUUUGUUUUAUUGUAUCACUCUAAGCCUUGCCGAAGAGGCCCCAGCACUUUAUGCGGGGGCUAUUUUGUAUGCUGUUAUUUUCUAUGUAUUAUUUUUUUUUUCUUAACAUGUAUUUGUUUGUCUUUUAGAUUUAGAUUUUGUAUACAUGUUGCUUUUGAUUCAGACAAUGGCAGUAGAUGGAAGAGAAGAGUGAUGGAGGGAGAAAAAGUUAGUAGGAAAUCAGCUGAGAUGGUAGGCCCUGUGUUUUUCUGGGUAUUAAACCACGAGAUGUCUGAAGCAUGAAGGUCAGCAAGAAUAUCAAUGUCAGCUGAGUCUCCCUCAUACUCUUUCUCUCCAUGUAGACAAGGCAGUCAUAGUCUUGAGACCUUUCGAAAAGGUGCUAAUAUGUAUUCUUCUGUUUGCAGCAUUGCCCACUUGCAUCAGUUCUUCUAGGUUGCAAAGUAGAAUUAGUUAGUUUAUAGUGCUAAAACAGAGAGCCAGAAGUUACAAAGUGCUGACAGAACUGUGUUUUGGUCAGGGUUAGUGAUACUCUUGGAUGAUACGCUGCAUUCCUAAAAUUAUCCAGUCGCCUCUUCUAAUUAGCAGAUUCAGCUAGUUUACGGUGUCUCCAUUGCUGAAUCAGGGCUUGAAAUGUGCACACAGUGAUGUUAUCUCCUUAGAUAGGCUUUAGAAGUGGAACAGAAUGCUUUGGAGCAUGACACAAGCCUAAGGUCAACAUGCACAAUGCGAAGUGUUGGUUAGAGGGCCUUCAGACAUCUGGACUGUGGAGAAGUGAAAAGAGUUAGAGUGGUGGAACUCUGCUUGGACACCUUUUGAGAUGAGUUGGAGUGAUGAAGUGCUGUUGAACACAUUUAGGAAGAGGCUGGAGCAAUGAAGCUUGAACAUCUUUAGGGUGAGCUAAAGUGAUGAAGCUUCACCAAACACUUUUUGGGAUGAAGAAGAAUACUCUAGAGUCCUAUAAAGGCUUUUACUGCAGCAAAGGAGGACCAACUCCUAAUUAAUGCUCUUGAAUUUGGAAAUAAAGAUUAAAAGAGGUGUCUGGAUAUUUUGGAUAUUCUUCCAUAAGCUUGAUUUCUUCAGAUCUUUUGAUAAAGGCCUGUGGUUUGAGCUAAACAGGGCAUCCUGAUCCUUUUAUCUCCAUACAGACAGGGACACUGGCCGCACAGACGCUUCUGCUUUCUUCUACUUACUCUGCUUAUAGUUUAGUCUGAUUGCUUUAUGUAGACGUAGUAAUUGUUGAAGCUCUAUUGCUGUGCUCAUUUCUGUUUGAAGGAGCUCAUUUGAACAAGGAGGGGAAAAGCUACACGAACCAACCAGGUGAAAGAGAAAUGCGAGCACUGCUAAAUUACGACUAGCGUUAUUGUGCCAUAAUAGAACUGUGUUUUCGUCAUUCCCUGAGCAUUUGAUGGCACUGAAUGGGAUGAGCUUAGGCAGGGUCGCUCAGAACCAAAGCGUGAUGUUUAAAUGUUGUACAAAUCCUCCAGGUAAACCACUACUCUGGACCCAGCAACAAGACUAUACCUUUUAUUUCAAAGAGCGGUCAGGAUAAGGAUUAGAAUCGCUGUCACCUCUUUAGCUUCGAUGCAUUCUUGCUUAGUGUGUAUGCGCCUGCUACAUAUAUAUGUGUGUGUGUGUGUGUGUGUGUGUGUGUGUGUGUGUGUGUGUGUGUGAGAGAACAGUAGAGAGAAAAAGAGAAUGUGUGCUGAUUUUCUUUUUCACUAAAUUCCACUAAUAUUAAGGAUUUUUUGUGGUAAUGAGUGCCUUAAAUAUACGUCCUUUGUGCCACAGGUAGAACGGCCUUCUCUCACGCAAGUCUAACCGUCUGUUGUAGGAAUCCAUGAAGAACUUUGCAGUAUUAUGGUAGUUAACCAGAAGAUGUCCUGUAGAGUGACUGACUGAGUGCAACAGGUCAUUUCACACGAGUUAGGACACUUUCAUUCAUUUCAAUGUAAAGAAUAUCUUGUUAACUUCUGUUUGAAUUUACUUGUAUUAAGACUUUUGGCUCUGUACUGUACAUCAAUAAAAUAAUUGUUCCACAGUUA